AGUAAGGCUUUAUAUCCCGCGGAUAAGCAAAAAUAAAUCAUUUCUAUAUAUUUCAGCUUUAUUUUAUCGGUUGGAAUGGUUGAAAAAGUUUAAGGAGUGAUAACGAAUUAGAAAUUUAACAAGAAUGAUGGACCUUACUUCUGUUCGGGUAGUGAGAGGAGGAGGAAGAACACGCUGAAAAUGUAAAGACAAACUGAUAAAAAACAAAAGUGUACAGGAAAACAGUGAUGGAGAGCUAUGAGGAGUUCUGCUUGAAGAGUCUGGCCCGCAUGCAUGUGGAGAGUGGAUGCAAGACGAGUCACAAUCACGUGGAGGCACAAUCCUCCAUCCGCUUUCAUGGCAGCCAUGCGCUUCUACCCAGGCUCAGUGACCAGCAGCGUGCCGAGAUGGCUGAACAGAGACAGAGAGCUAUACAGAGAGAGGCAGAGAGGCACACAGUGAGAAUCAGCUCUCUGCUCAAUCGAGUGCGGGACGUGAUCCAACAUGUACAGUUGCAAAAGGGGCAGGUUGAUGAAGUUUAUCAGGCUCUUGAAGCCCCAUGCUAUAAAACAACCAGAAAAGAGGAGAAGCCACACACCGGCCUCUUCUUAAACAGUACUCUACAGCAGAAAACGACCAUAGGGUUUCUAAACAGAGGAGAGGAAAUAGAAGAGAAGGAGACUCAGGAAAGCCAUAUUAGAGAGAUUCAAAUAGAAAGUCAGGAUAUAAAAAAUUCAGAGAUGGACUAUGGCAAGAAAAAGGAACGUGAAGAGCCAGUUUCUGUUUCCAUUAACGAGUCAGAGGUCCACCCUUAUCACUUUAACUAUGCUUUUCAAAACACCAGCCAAGAACUGACCCUUUCGACAGACCAGUCAGCUUUAUUAGCAUCUUCUGGCGUGGAGUUUGACCGCAGCUGCUCUGAUCUAACCAACACAACCUGUAAUUUAUUCAGUUCUUCUACUCCCAGCAGCUUAACAUCGAGCAGAGAAACCUGUAUACUAAACACAACCCAGCCACAGAUCGUUAAUAAAGAGGAAACCCAGCAUAAUCGGUGCAGCAUAACUGUGAACCAUCAACGCCCCUCUCUAGCUCCACUCAAUCAGUCCUAUGAUGUGGGGAGCCCAUCCCUAACGACGCUCAGGCCACAGGUCAGCUCACACUCUGAGGCUUCAGAGACUUGCAUUAGACACCAACUGAAGCUGGAACAGCAGAAAGCAGCAUGUCGUCUAACUGCUGCAGCCCGAGGUUUCCUUACACGCCGUCUUCUCCAGACAGAGAAAAUUAAACUCCUGAAUAAAACCAUUCAGGACUCCAUAGAGGUCAUUCGAGCGUUUCAGGCGGCUACACACCAGAGGAGAGCUUUCUUCACUAUGCAGGAUCUCCAGCUGCAGUACAGAGUCAGAGCCCAGCUGCAUACAGCCAAGUGUGAUGUACAUGAGAUCUUUUUUGUGUGGCCUUUAAGCGACAGAUUAGCAUUACUGCAACAGGAUCGGGAGCUACACCAUGUGAAAAGGAGAAAAGCUAUGAGUGAACAGAAUACACCUUGCCAGUCCUCUGUUACCCAGAACUCCUUGGGCUUCAUGAAACAGCGGAUGCUGCAGCGGACUCAGAGCCAGAAUACACCUGUCUUUUCUCAGAAACUCAAACCAGCAUGAGUGUGCUCAUUAACCAGUUACCCUUAAGAUUCUUAGAGUCUUCUGAGAAACUGAGAGCCAGAUGUUAGAAUGUAUUCAGCUGAACAGAUAAAGUGUGAAGCAACGAACACUUUGUACUAACGGCUCCCAUUUUGUACCACAGACCGAAAGAAAACAAUUACCAUGUUCAUACAGCCGUUUUAUGUAAAGUGCUGAAGUGAUCAUUAUUUUAAUGUAACAAAUUGCUUGUGUAAAUUAUA